AUGCCAGUCGAGGAGAAGAUCCCGCACAUGUUAACUUGGUGUUCCCUGACUCAGAAAAUCAUGGUUCAGUGUCACCUCCACCGGUCAGCCCUGACCAAAACUGUUCGUGAAUGCAGCCUGGUGUUGAGAGAUGGUGUGAAAGACUUCGCGGACCUGUUACAUGAGAACAAAAUUCCUCUGUUGAUAUUCUCCGCUGGAUUGGGUGAUGUAAUACGGCUAUUGCUACAGAGAUUCACCAUGUACACGGAUAAUGUGCGGGUUAUAUCAAACUUGAUGCGCUUCGAUGAGGAUAUUUGGUUUUUCCAUCUUCUCACUUCUAAUUUCAUUAUUUCUGUCAUUAUCUACUCGGUGGAUAAAUCCACAACUUCUCCUCAGGGUGUACUCACCGCAUUCGAAGAGCCAGUUAUCCAUACCUUCAAUAAAACCGCUGCCAGUAUCGUCACUCUGGGUAGUGGAGAUGGAAAGACCUCUUUGGAACGACCCUGUGUUCUCCUACUGGGGGAUUCGACCGGUGAUGUACAUAUGGCUGACGGGACGACUGUCGGUGAUCCCGAUGGUAAUCAGGGAAUUGUGCUGCGAAUCGGAUUUCUGAACGAUCGGGUUGAUGAACAAUUGGAAAAAUACAAGCUUCUGUACGAUAUUGUGCUAGUCAACGAGGAUACAUUCCAAAUCCCGCUCACUGUGAUCCGUUCAAUGUUGCGGUACUGGAAAUCAGACACAGAGAACGGCCAAAUCCAAUCGAGCGAUGGGGAUUGCCAAUAG